GCAGAAAGAUAGUAUCCAAAGUUACUGCCCUGAUCACCAUUAUUGAUGAUACCUAUGAUGCAUAUGGUACCCUCCAAGAACUUCAGCUCUUCACUGAUGCGAUUGAAAGGUGGGACCUUAAUGCCAUGGAUGGACUCCCUGAAUACAUGAAGGUGAUAUAUUCGAAAAUUUUAGAUUUUUACAAUGAGCUUGAGGUGGAGCUGAGAAAGGAUGGACAAUCUUAUCGUGUUAACUAUGCAAAAGAAGUGUUGAAAAUACCGGUUAGAACCUACUUUAAACAGGCCAAAUGGUUUAAUGAUGGAUAUAUUCCAACAUUUGAAGAGUAUGUGCAAACUGCAUCAAUCAGCAUUGCAUGUUCCUUUAUAAUAGUCAGUUCCCUAGUUGGCAUGAGAGGAGAUGUUGUGACAAAGGAAGUCUUUGAUUGGGCAAUGAAGGAAUCUAACAAGCUUGUUAAGGCUUCAAACUUAAUUGGAAGGCUUUUGAAUGAUAUGAAGUCCCACAAGUUUGAGCAAGAGAGAGGUCAUAUUUGUUCUGCCGUGGAGUGCUACAUGAAGCAAUAUGAUAAUGUCUCAGAGGAAGACGUAUAUGAUGAAUUUAAGAGAAGAAUGGUGGAGGCAUGGAAAGAUAUGAAUGAAGAAUUCAUGAAACUACGGAUGACCACCGCCGCCAAAGCUGCCGCUGCCGCCGCGGCCAAUGCGGUGGCUGUCCCAUUGCCAGUUCUGUUACUUCCUGUCAACCUUGUUCGUAUAGUUGAGCUGUUCUACUUGUAUAAAGAUGGUUUCACUCUUCCACAUGAAGUGCUGAAGGAAAACAUCACCUCGUUGUUUUUCAAUCCCAUACCCAUGUAGUACCGAUCAAGUACUUGCAUGUAUGGGAGUAGUAGUAAUUAUUAGUAUUUAGAGAUUUCGCAAUGGAUAACUGUAUUAAUAAGUGCAAAGAAAAGUUUAUAUAUACUUUGGAGACACUGCAAUGGAUAACUGUAUUAUUAAUGAGUGCAAAAUAGAUUCUACUUGGUAGGUAAGAAUGGAUUUGAUAAUAUCAUUUGCCAUUCUACUUUGGUUGUGAUUUUUAUCUUUAGACCUUAGUCAUCUUUGUAGAAUCCCAUCUCAAAUUGAGUUUGAAUCAGGUCCUCAUA